CCGGCCUCAGUUCACGCAACCGUACAGCCGCGAGCACACGUCAGACAUGUUCACCACGCGCCUCCUGGCGGUCGCCGCCGUCCUGGCAACUGUUGCCGCGAUACCCACAGACAAACCCAGUGUCCCGCAACCGGUCACCACAAUCACAGACGGAGACGUCGACGAUGCACCCUGGUUCAGCUUCCCGCUCUUCGGAAACCUCUUCGCGCCCCUCUGGAGGCUAUUCCCGCACUUUUCCGAAAUCGGCCCCAGAAUCGUCGCCGAUGACAACAAAUUCCAAGUCAUCGUCAACGUCAAGGACUACAAAAAGGACGACCUGAAAGUCAAGGUCAAAGGUGACUUCAUCUUCGUGCAAGGAUCUCACGAGGCCAAGCAGGACGACAGAGAUGUCUACGCGAGCCAGUUCUUCCACACCUACACCCUUCCUGUCAACUCCAGCGGGUCAGAUGUUACUGCUGAACUCACCAGCGACGGAUACUUGGUAGUCAGUGCUCCUAUUAGCACUGCAGCUGAAAAACCCAAGGACUCAGACCGGGAAGUGCCCAUCGUUGAGACUGGUGCCCCUUACCAGAAAGAAGAGGCCCCAUUGACAACUGUGCAGCCAUCGGAACCCGAAGACGACCGAAAGGAGCCCACGACGCCCUCCGAACGAGAGGAUGUGACAGAAAAGGACAACGUCAUACCACACGGAAACGAAAUCCCGCUCUAAAGUGAUAUUUAGUUCUAAGUAUUUAAUGGUAAAUCAGUAUUGUAAUAAAUAUUUUUUAUUUAAA